CACUGAUUAAUGUGAUUACCGUACAGUCGAAGAAGAGUACAUGUAGCCGUUAGCUUCAUUCUAUGCAGUGGUUAAUCCAAUGCUAGUAAAGUAACUAAUGUUUUUUCUCAUCCUUGGCUGGAUAUGGGCAAAAGAGACAAUCGAGUGGCAUACAUAAACCCCAUUGCAGCUGCUCGAGCCAAGGGGCCUGUCCAGAACUCCGGACCAACUAUACAGGAUUACUUAAGCAGACCUCGACCAACAUGGGAAGAGCUAAAGGAGCAGCUGGAGAAGAAGAAAAAGGGAUCUCGGGCCCUGGCUGACUUUGAAGACAAAAUGAAUGAGAGAUGGAGGAAAGAACUGGCUAAAAACCGAGAAAAAAGGCUUGGGGACAAAGAACGGGACAAAAAGUCGAUGGAUAGCGAGGACAAGAAAGACAAAAAAGAGAAAAAGAAGAAGGAGAAGAAGAAGUCUAGCAGGCAUUCUUCAUCUUCCUCCUCAUCGAGUUCUGAUUCCUCCAGCAGCUCUUCUUCAGAGUCCGAAGACGAGGAUGAAAAGAAAAGCAUAAAGAAAAAACGGAAACGCAAGCGAUCUUCAGCCAAGAGACCAUCGGACAUCUCGGAUGACGAUUCGGAUGCUGAAAUCAAGAAAAGGAAACGAAUCAGGGAAGAUGGAGAGAAAGACAAGGAUGAAAAGGAGCGUAAAAGGAAAAGGAAGGCAGAGAGAAGUCACAAAGACUCCUCAUCAGAAUCGACUGUUAACUCAGAUUGGGAUGAGGCUGAACCCAAGAAGAAAAAGAGAAGUAGCGAGGAGAGGGAGAAAUUCACUGUAAAAUUCACUGUAAAAUCCAAGAAGAAGAGGAAAAAGAAGCACAAAAAACACGGCAGAAAAAAGAAAAAGAAGGCAAAAUCUCAGUCGGACUCAGAGCUUGACUAAAAGCCGUGUCAUUACAGUGCUCCUGUUUUCCUCACACUUCACCGGUGUCAUUUUGCCUUUGAUUGUGGAAAACGUUUUUCACCCAGCUGCAGUCAUCAGGAUUGGAAAAAAAAGUGGACAUAAGAUGUAAUGUUGAGGUCCUUCUGUAUUUGGAGUCGAGAUGAGGGAACUACCGGUACAUCUUUUUUUCUCUCCAGCAAGGUUUUUUUUUGUUGGUUUUUUUUUUGUAGAUUUUGAGGAUUGAGAUGAUUUAAAUUUUUAUUGUGUUUCUUUCCCAUGCAUUUGGCUCUUAAGUCUGUAUGCUUCCCCCCCCCCCCCCCCCCCCCCCCCUCCCCCACUUCAUACCUCACAUCUUCCACCACUACACAAGGCUGUUCUGCCGGUGCCUGUGUCAUGCAUGUAGAUCCUGAUGUCUUGCCAGCCUCAUAUUGAAGUUGGAUCUGUUAUAGGAUGUUAGCCACGCAGGUAAUAGUGAACUCAAGAGAUUCUUGUUUUGUUCAGCAAGAUGUUACAUUGCAGUGUAUAUGUAUAAACUACAAGAAUUCAACGAAUAAAAAGUGUUGUUUUAACUUUU